GCCGCUCCCUUUCCCAAAUCUGGCCGCACGACGCACCAGCCAGCCACCACCCACCAACCGAACCCUCCCCAACCCGACCCGAGCGCCAGGUCCCGUACACCCCGCGCGCUCGCCCCCCUCGCCUCUGCGCCGCGUCCGGCCGCCGGGAGCGGGCCGGGCACCUCCCGGGAGGGAGAGGCGCUUUGGUUCUUGGAUGAGCUGUGAAGGGACCGGGGGCAACAGGAAGGCGUGAUGUUUACUCCGCAGGGCAAAGGAUGGACCGGGUGGUCGACACCGACUCCAGCGAACCAGCGGAGCGGUGGUGGUGCUCCGGCCGCGUCGGCGCCUCUUGGAAAGGGGAAAGGAAGGGUCACCGAGCUUGAGCACGAGUUACAUGAAUAUCAGUACAAUAUGGGGCUGCUCUUGCUUGAGAAGAAAGAAUGGGCAGAAAAACUCGAGGAAAUCAGUCAAAGGCUGAAACAAAAAGAGGAGAUAUUGAAGCGGGAACAAGCUGCGCACUUGAAUGCUAUAUCAGAAUAUGAAAGACGGGAGGAGAGCAUGCGAAAAGCAUUGGGUGUUGAGAAACAAUGUGUAAUUGAUCUGGAAAAAGCGUUGCGUGAAAUACGUGCAGAGAUAGCUGAGGUCAAAUUUACGUCUGAGAAAAAGAUAACGGACGCUCAGUCUCUUGAGGCUAGUUUGGAGGAAAAAUCCUUGGAGAUUGAGGGAAAACUUCAUGCUGCAGAUGCUAAACUUGCAGAGGCAAACCGUAAGAAGGCACAAGUUGACCGGGACUUGGAAGAGGUUGAAGCUCGUCAACGUAGAUUAGAGAAGGAGAAAUUGUAUUUUGAGACUGAGCGGAAGGCACGAGAAAAACAACUUAAGGAGCAGGAGGAAUCACUGCAGGAAUGGGAGAAAAAGCUGAAGGAAAGUCAGAACAGACUUGUUGAUUUGCAGAGGUCUAUAAAUGAUCGAGAGGAGAGAGCUAACAAGAAUGACCAGCUUUUCAAGAUCAAACAUGAUGAAUUGGAGGAAGCAAGAAAGUCAGUGGAGGCAACUAAACUUACUCUAAAAGCUAAAGAGAAUGAUAUUAACAAAAAACUAAAUGAAUUACAUUCAAAGGAAAAGGAUGCUGACUCAAAGCGCAAGGAGCUGGAAGAACGAGAGAAGAAACUGAUUGAGAGAGAGGAGAAGGCUAGUAUUAGGGAAAAAGAGGGGCUUCAGAAGCUUCUUGAGGAUCAUCAGGUCGAGCUUAAAUCCAAAAGACGGGAUUUUGAAUUAGAACUAGAGAGCGAGAGGAAAUCCUUUGAUGAAAAGAUGACACAGAAGCAAGCGGAUUUAGUGAAAAGGGAGAAAGAUGUCAAAUCUUUGGAGUCUAAGCUUUCUAAAACUGAGCAGGCAUUGAAUGACAAAAAGAAAACAGUGGAAGGUUGGCAGAAUGAUCUUGAUGCCAAAUCCAAAGCUCUGAAGAGGUGGGAGGAAUCAUUGAAAAAUGAUGAGAAGAGGUUAUUGGAAGAAAAGCAGCAUAUGGAUCAGGAAAAACAGCAAGUUGAGGUUUCAAAAUCAGAGCUUGAAAGGAUCAAAUCCAGACUUGAAGCUGAAAAGGAAAGAAUAUUAGAAGCGCAGAAUAAUCUGAAACUCACAGAGGAGGAGAGGCAGGAGCAUAGCGUGCUGACAGAAAGACUUAAGAAGGAGAUUGAGGAAUACAGAAUGCGAAACAACUCCCUCUCUGAAGAAAUUGAAGAUUUGAGGAAGCAGCGGCAGAAGUUCGAAGAAGAGUGGGAACAACUAGAUGAAAAAAGGGCUCACCUAGCCGAGGAAGACAAAAAGGUGAAGAUUGAGAGGAUGAAUUUGGAACGGUGGCGUGACAGUGAAGAAAAGAGGUUAAAUGAUGCAAAGUUUGAAAUGGAAGAAAAAUACAAGGAACAGCUGGAGAAUCUUGACCGCAAGGAAAGGGUUUUGAAUGAUGAUAUAAAGCACAAGCAAAUGGAGAAUGAUGAACUUCUGAAGGGAGAACGUGCUGAUCUUCAGCGUCAGUUGCAGCUCCAUCGGCAUGAACUGGAGAUGGAGAUGGAGCAAAAACAAGCAAGUAAAGAGAAGGAACUGGAAGACAAGGCAAAUGAGUUAAACAAGAAAAGGGACUUUGUGGACAAUAAACUCAGACAUGCAAUUGAGUUAAAUGAGUCCAAGAUUCAGAAGAUAAUAUCAGAGAAAAAGCUGCUGGAGGCGGAGAGAAAAAUUCUACUUGAGGAAAGGCAGAAACUGGAAACUGAUCAGGCAGAUAUUAAAAGGGACAUUGAUAGUCUUCACGGGCUGAGCCAGAGUUUGAAAGUACGUCGAGAAGCAUAUAACAGGGACAUGAAAAACCUCAUUGAUUUAUUUGAAAAGUACAAGGUGUGCAAAAACUGUGGUAUUACUCUCUUUGAGGGAUUAGAUUCCCUGGCGCUAAAAGACAGCGCUGAAAUUGAGCACCCCAGUUUGGCUGUUGAGAGAGAUCAUCGUUCCUUGAAUGCUGACACAUCAGCUCCAGAUACAGGAACACUUGUUAAUUCAGGUGGCCGCUUGUCUUUGUUACAAAAGUGUUCGAGGCUGUUCAAGUUCUCUCCUAUAAAAAAGGGUGAGCAGCCAACAGAGAACAUACCUUUUGGUGCAAGACUGGAGGAAGCGUCACAAAGCGAUGGAGAUUAUGAGCCAACUCCUGUCUAUGAGAUAGCACAUGAUUCUUUUGGUGCAGAGGAUGAUCUCCCUUCUGAAAGUGGAGCAAGGGACAAUGAUGAGUCCGAAAGGCAUGACCCAGCUGAUGAUGUCCAGAUGGAGUCUUCAGUUGGUGUAGCAGAUAAUAGUAUUGAUAUUCUUGGAGCUCAAUCGUUUGAUGGUACUAACGAUAGAGCAGUUGAUGCAACUAUUGCCUCUACUGAUCAAAAUGGGAAGGACCCUGCAGCUCCUGCUGAAGCAGAUUUACAACCUGAAACAUCAAAGCAAGGACGCCGCCAACAAAACAGGAAGGGUAGAGGAAAAGGUGGUGUGAAGAGGACACGAUCUGUCCGUGCUGUAGUUGAAGAUGCUAAAGCAAUUCUUGGCGAGACUUUUGAGGAGAAGAAUGAUGGCCAGGGAGAUUCAGUUGCGGCGGUGGGUGGUACACGUAAGCGGCGUUUUACUGGAGCUACAAUAAGUGAGCAAGAUGAAGAAGGCAGCGAAGCCCAUUCAGAAAGUGUUUCACUUGGAGGGCAGCGUCGCAAGAGGAGGCAAACUGCUGGAGCAGUCACAGAGACCCCAGGAGAAAAGCGUUACAAUUUGAGACGCAGCACAGUUGCAAACGCCACCGCUGCAACCGCCCAAACUGACAAAAAGAAAGCUGCGAAGACAGGAAGUAAACAUAUGGUACAGGCUACUGCUGAUGAUACCGAAGGAACCUCAAAGGCUGAUGAGGAACCUGCCCCUGAGAGCAAAAAGGCAUCAGAAUCUGCAGACUAUGGUGCAUCCCAGUUGCAUGAGUUUUCCCAGGCUGAAAUUGGUGAUGCCCACGCCCCUGCAGAGGGUACUGGUGAGGAAGACGGUGAUGUCGUGGACGGUAAAGAUGCAUUGCCUGAUGUGCCCAUGACUCCAUCUGGAAGUGAGCUUGGAGCAGAGCAGGAUGAUGAGGAUGACGAUGACUCGGAGAGACGAAACCAGUCAAUCAGCAAAAAACUAUGGUCGUUCUUCACCACAUGACGGUUGAGAAGAGGCUGCUGAAUAGAUUGUUUCUAGCUUUUGUGCUUCAGAUUCAUGAUUUCUCAUUCUUGGAACUGUAUGGCGUGUGCUUUUGGUGAUGAUGUACGGCUAGAUCUUCCACUCAUUUGUGCUUCUCUCCCGUGUAAUUGAAAUAUAUUUGUAGUAGACAGUUUGAUGGCGCUCACAGAAGUAGCUCAUGAGAUGUACAAUGGCGAUGAUGACUGUAACCCCAGUAGCUUGGUUUGUAAUUGCUGUUCCUUUUCCCAGGUUCGGAUUACUUAGUUGACCUUACAAAUUGUUGUGCCUUUGCA